AUGCGCUUAGCACGUUCGUGGGCUGUGCGUAUUUCCGCAUGCCUUGCCCUCCUCUUGAUCGCCUGUAUACUUGAGGCCACCGCAGAUUCCUUGAAGCGUAGGCCUUCUUGCCUUCUAUUUACAACUAAAGUACCGUCACUGACUCCUCCUGAGGCUCAGAGUUUCCCUCAUCAGCUGGGCGUUUCCCCCUCGGGCUUGCACAGCCGCCACUCUUUCGUUUCUGUUUUUCCGGUCAACUCCCCUGCACGCAUUUCCUUUCCAACCGAGAGGCUACUGCAAAUACACUUGGCUUCAGACUCGGCGCUCUGUGCGAAGCUGUCCUUCCUCGCCCCUCCAGACCCGAUCACCUUGGAUGAGGCAGAGGCAGCUGAUGGUGGAGCCCCUGCACUAGAACGCACGUUGCCGCCUCCGUACGUAGAGUGUAACGCGAGGUAUUUACGGUUGUCUCCUAUCAAGACGCGCCGCGUUAUUCAGGAGUUGAGAGGGAAGAGCUUGGCUGGGGCUCUAGCGCAUCUCGCUACUUCCCCCCGGCGGCCUGCGUUUGCUGUGUUUAGAGCAAUUGAGUCGGCGAUUGCUAAUGCAGUGAAUCUGCACGGAGAUCAAAAGAUUAAACCUCAGCUCGUCUCGGUGACUGCCACCAACGGACCCGUCAUGAAGAGGCCCUUCUUCAAGGCUCGAGGCAGAAUGAACAUCUGGAGGAGACCUACAACCCAUAUCAAAGUCAUCAUCAAGGCGUUCUAA